AUGUCUACACGGCCGAUCAUCAUUGUCACAGGAGCCAACAACGGUAUAGGCUUCGGGACAUGCAGGCGACUCCUCGCGCAGCUCUCACAAAUAAAUCCCCCCGACGCGCAACCUCUAUUUUCCCGCGUGGCCGACCAGCAGGAUGUGGGGAUACUUUACCCGUGUGAGGGAAUGACACUCAUCAUGGCGUGUCGAAAUACGCAGAGGGCGGAGGCGGCGAGGGUAAAGCUGUACGAGGAAUUUAGAGCGGACGUUGCAGGGCGCAAGGGAGCGGACAGAAAACAUCUCGAGAGGUUCCAGCAAAACCUGACCAUUGACAUCUGCCAACUCGAUUUAGCGAGCGUGCAUAGUGUGUUCGAAUUUGCAGACAAAGUCUCGCGAGCGUAUCCAUAUGUCUCACACAUAAUCUGCAAUGCGGGCGUUGCGCCCUUCUUGCAUAUAUCAUGGCUUGGCCUCGUGAAACAAAUACUGAUCAACUUCCUCGACGCGGUCACCUACCCGCGAUACAACGUACAGCAAAGUGGGAUGAUGAGCGAGGAUGGCCUGGGUUGGGUCUGGCAAUGUAACGUCUUUGGCCAUUAUAUUCUGUGUCGCGCAUUGGAGCCAGCAUUGUCUGCGUACUCUGACGCACAGCACGGGCCUGCCCGUGUACUCUGGAUGUCGUCUUUGGAAGCCAACCCAGUUCACUAUGAUACAGAAGACUGGCAGCUCACUAAAUCAUUGCACUCGUAUGAGGGCUCAAAAUAUCAAAUGGACUUGAUUGGCGCGGAACUCAAUCGUCGGGCACUCCGCCAAACGCCCCCUUCAGUGCGACAUUUCGUUGUGCAUCCAGGUGUGGUGUAUACUGCUAUUGAUGCCGUGCUACUUGGCGCGUUCUUCCACCGAAUGAAGCAUCUAAUUUUCUAUCUCGCUCGAUUUGUCGGCUCGCCACAUCACACAAUAACUUCGUGGAACGGCGCAUCUGCCGCAGUACACGUCGCGCUAGCAUCGCUAGCCUUUCUCCCUGUUUUCUUCUCCGCAACCAUCGGACAUAGCCAUGGGAAUGGACAUACGCAACCCGUACCAGCGCGCCUGCAUUCAAUUACGGAUCGUUUUGGCACCAGCCUUGUCGGUGCGCAACCGAUCACGGCGUGGGAGGAGUACGAAGACGAAGGUGUCAAGUUGGUGAAUCGUUGUGAGAAGUUGUAUCUGUCAUUUGUCGCGGCGGAGGGGCGAAACUUGACUGAAAGUGCUCUCGAUGAUUGA